AUGGAAGCCUUAGGCGAAGCGAUACGGGAACAAUUAUCGUCCGUAUUGAAUUCUCUAGAUCCAAAUUCUGAUAUUAAAGCUUUAGUACACAACUGUAUUUUGGAUCAAUGUGGACUCUUACAGAAGCGUGAGGAAUCGAGGGACGAUGUUGACAACACCGAGGAGGAACCACGUUUUCAAGAAGAAAUGAAGCAACGAUUACAAGAAGAAGAAGCGGAAACGUUUCGACUAUUCACUGAGGAAAUGGCAUUCAAACAACGUUUGAAAAAUGUAGCGUUAGUUAUUGGGACGAAUGGAGGAUGGUUUGUGGAUGAGGAAGAGGAAACAUCGCAAACUGUUUCUUCUUCCGUGUAUCGCUCGCGUGUACGGUAUGUACAACAAAAGCAUGGAAGGAAAUUGUCAGAAUGUUCUUCCAGCAGGAAACGAACCUCCGCUGUUUCAAAAGCGCAACAUUAA